AAAAGGGGUAAACAAAUAACAAAGCAACAAAACAGAAAAAAUGAACAAAAAUCAUUUAUUAUUGAAUGAAUACAAACAGAACCUAGAAACAAUAAUAAAAAGUGCGAAAGAGUGUGGUUUAAACGAUGAAAUAAUACGGAAAAUCUUUCAAAAAUCCCUCAGCAAAAAAAUAAGAAAAAAAUCUAAUUUUCUCAUAAUGCUGACUAUUUUUGCAAGUUGCUUCUCAAUUUAUGUUUUGUUGAACGUUCAUACGCCCACCUCCAGUAUAGUCCUACGUAAUGUGCAGGGCAUAAUGUACCCAGCCCUGAAAAUGGUUAGGACCCUGUUUUUGCCGUUCAUCAAACUCUUCCCAAGUCUUACGAACUUGUACGAUGAAAGUUGCCUGCUCCAAAAUCCAUUCUUCCAUUUAGCAGACAUGGAAUGUUGGCCCUGUGAAAAUGUCCACAGUGUGUUGGAUGUGAGUGGCAUGGAAAAAAAAAUAAAUAUUGUUGAAAAAGUUUCUGAAGGGAUUCCAUUUAUUAUCAAGUCUAACCUCAAGUCUAACCAUUCAGAGAUUUCUUUGGCUGCCAUUCAAGAGGCCUUAAACAUUGAACCAAUGGAGUCUUCCAGUGAAAACUUCCAAUUCCAUUAUCGCAUCAACAAGAUGAUGAACGCAGUUGCCUUAAGAAGACUAUUUCCUGCACCAGAAUUUUUACCUGAGAGAUCUGGGCAAGCUGUAGAAAGAUUCAUCAACAUUGACAGUCCGACGAGUGACCCCUAUAGUCUUCCAAACACAGAAUGUAGUUAUGUUUUCGUUAUGCAGGGUUCUGGUGAACGGACCAUAAGCCUACAACCCUCUCCAGAGUGUAGAAGUAAAUGCAAAAGCCUGGCAAUAUUGAUGAAAACUUCCCAUGUGUUGCUGUACAAUUGGUGGUACUGGAGGCCCCGAAGUCUUCCUAGCAGAACCAAGAACAAGGAUUUGUCUAUAACUUAUAUUAAUUCUUAUUGUUAAUUUAGGAUAGUUUAUCCUGUGUCCACCAUAAUGUUCCCUACAUAUGGACAUACUUUUAAUUUAUAGGAUAUGAGAAUUUUUUCAAGUGUGUCACACAAAUAUGCAUGGUUUGAUGUAUUCAAUUGUCACUAGCGGGAAAUGACCUUAACUUCCUAAUUUAAAUGGGUCACCUGGUAUAUUUUCGCUUAGUUCCAGAUAAAAUUACAUUCCGAAUAUAAUAAAACCCGAUUUUCGACUUUUGACUUCCAAUUUAUUUGAUCUUUCAAUUUAAUAUUCAAUCUAGAGUGCUGUGAGCUUCAUGAAAACGGAAAAUUUUGUAUCAAGUUGUCGAGGAACAAAAAAAAUGCUCAAUUUUGCUUUGCUGAGCUUGGCGGUUUUGUAAUUAUAGGUUUUUCUUUACAUGUAUUUACAAUAAAUUGCACUUGGGCCUAAUAAUGAAUCACAUUCGUUCCAUCUGACAAACGCAAUUAAUAAACUAAAUUAUUCAGGAAACUGAUAAAUUCACCAUGGCAAUAUACAAUUGUUUUAAUUAAUUUCUAACCAAGCCGUCUUAGUUUUCUAUUAACUCUGCCAGCUGGUUGAUGGUCUUAUAGGAAAAAAAUUAUUCAAUGUUUUUUUUUUCAGAGAUACUUUUAACUGAAAUUAGUCUAGGAAAAUUGUCGAAAAAUACAUGCAUUGCAAAAAAAAAUUCCUACCCAAAUGAACUUUUCAAGGAUGGUACGGGCGGGUGGGUGAUCAU